AUGGCCAUCAAAGUCGUUGAUGUUGCUCUGAGAGAAGACUUCGGCUUCGAUCACAUCAUGUGGGUGUAUUCCGGUCGAAGAGGUGUGCACGCGUGGAUCAGCGACAAGAAUGCCAGAGAACUUGAUGACGACAAGCGGAAAGCCAUCACAGGGUACUUCGACCUGUUCAAGACUGGUGUGCAAGGAGGCAAGCGGAUCAAUGUGCGGCGGCCUUUGCAUCCGCAUCUCGUCAGGAGUCUCGACAUCCUCAAGCCCUACUUCGCACGAGUGCUUGAGGACCAAGAACCCUUUGAGUCCAGCGACGGCGAAGCUCGCCUGCUCAAGCUGCUUCCGGACAAGAAUCUGAAUGAUGCGCUGCGAAAGAAGUGGGACAGCACGCCAGGACGAUCCAGCACACGGAAGUGGGCUGAUAUCGACGCACUUGCGUCACAAGGCGUCAGCAAAACGCUCGAUACGAAAGCACUGGUGCAAGCCAAGCAAGAUAUCCUCCUCGAGUACACGUAUCCGCGCCUUGAUGUGGAAGUUGGCAAGAAGAAGAACCAUUUGCUCAAAUCGCCGUUUGUGGUGCAUCCUGGUACUGGUCGGGUUUGCGUGCCGAUUACUGCGACAGGUGACAUGAAAGAGGCGGAGAAGUUUGAUCCGCUCAGUGUGCCGAAGGUUACCGAGUUGCUGAGGGAAAUAGAUGAGUACAAGGCUGGAGCGAAUGGGCAUGACGAUUCGCAGUUGACGAUGACGCCGACUGAUACGCAAGGUGUUGAGGGCGCACAGUUGAAAGAUUGGGAGAAAACGAGGCUGAGGCCGUAUGUUGAGGCGUUUGAUGGGUUUGUAAAGGGUCUGAUCAAGAGUGAGGGCGUGAGGGUGAAGAGGGAGAGAGAUGAGGACGGCGUUACUGGUGCGGAUGGGAUGGACUUUUGA